UUUGUACCCUGUUUUGUACCUUGUGCUGGUCGGUAAUUUUGGCGAAGUAACAAAUUAUAGCGAUUCAGGGGGACAGUGAGGACUUCAUCUUCAUUUGUAGGAUGAAAGUAAGAGGCUGUGCUAGAAUGCAAACUUUGCGGACUGUAUGAUCUGCUGAUGAGAACAGAACAAUAACUGAGAAGAAGAUUUCAAGAGCAUUUGGAUUUAACUUGAAGAAGAUCAACAUGAAGUUCGCACAGUUGUUGUUGAAAAACAACUCAAAGCUGAACAUACCAAAACAUGUGGACCGAUUUUCAAAGUUCUCUCCGUCCCCACUUUCAAUGAAGCAGUUUAUUGACUUUGGAUCUGCCAAUGCCUGUGAAAAGACCUCCUUCAUGUUUUUAAGGCAAGAGCUUCCCGUCCGGUUAGCCAACAUCAUGAAAGAAAUAGACUUCCUCCCUGACAAACUGCUCAGCACCCCUUCUCUGAAGCUGCUUCAUAGCUGGUAUGCCCAGAGUCUGAUGGAGCUUGUUGACUUUUUGGAGAAAGACCCUGAUGAUAAAAAGAUCUUAACUAAAUUCACAGAAACGCUGAUCAAUGUCAGGAACAGGCAUAAUAAUGUUGUACCCACCAUGGCACAGGGAGUGCUGGAGUACAAAGAGGCCUUUGGUGUGGAUCCUGUGACCAAUCAGAAUGUCCAGUACUUUUUGGACCGUUUCUACAUGAGCCGAAUCUCCACACGCAUGCUGAUGAAUCAACACACAUUAAUCUUCGAUGGGAGUACCAAUCCAGCCCACCCUAAACAUAUUGGCAGUAUUGACCCACACUGUGACGUUGUGGAGGUUGUAAAAGAUGCCUACGAGAGUGCCAAGAUGCUGUGUGAUCAGUACUACUUGACUUCUCCAGAAGUGGAGAUCAAACAAGUGAACUGUGAGCGAGAAUUUUCUCUCUCAAACUUUCAGUUCAUUUAUGUGCCUUCUCAUCUGUACCACAUGCUCUUUGAACUCUUCAAGAAUGCAAUGAGAGCAACGGUGGAAACCCAUGAAACCAGCCUACAUCUCCCACCAAUCAAAGUGAGAGUUUCUCUUGGAAGUGAAGACCUGACUAUCCAGGUGUCUGACAGAGGAGGUGGCGUUCCCUUGAGGAAAAUUGAAAGGCUUUUCAGCUACAUGUAUUCUACUGCACCGAGUCCUGUGACGGAAGAUACUCGCAAUGCUCCCCUGGCUGGUUUUGGCUAUGGUCUUCCUAUCUCCCGCCUCUAUGCUAAGUACUUCCAGGGAGAUCUACAGCUGUACUCAAUGGAGGGACAUGGCACAUCUGCAGUCAUAUACCUAAAGGCCUUAUCCACAGAGUCAAUAGAGAGACUGCCUGUUUUCAACAAGUCAGCCUUAAGGCAUUAUCAAACCAGCAUGGAGGCAGAUGACUGGUGUAUCCCGAGCAGUGAGCCCAAGAAACUGGGAAAGUAUGAGUACCGAGUCUGAGAGAGAGAGCACUCUGGGAGGAAAAUUUUGAAUGAUCUGAAGUGAAUAGGACUAUGGUCAGUGUGUGUUGUGGAGGCCUUGAGUUCAUUAGGAUAACUAUGUAUGUGACUCUGUAUUAGGUAAUUCAGAAGCAUGGUAUUAUCAAAGACUCUUUGAAUGUCACAAUCUGAAUGACAAGGGCAUUUUUGUCUUCCAUAUCUCACGUUGCUUAUAAUACAUCACCCACUUCAUUUGCGGUGCUAACAAUUUCUCUUAAAUGGGGAAAAUAUAUAUUUUAACUGUUCUUCUGUGAUGUCAUAGUCUUCAGGCAAAUAGACUGAAGCUAACUGGUUGUUUGAGCAUGUGUUGAUUUCUAAACAUUACCACGAAUUGUAAAGCUGAUGUAACUGGUUCUGUAAGUAUUUUUAGGAGUAUGUGGGGCCAAGUCAUGAGUGUCCAAUGCCUUGUGUGAGUUAUAGCCUUUAUCUCUUGCAUGUUUCGGAGAAGAUACAAACAGCGAAAGUAACCAAGGCUUUAUUUCCUUGGUAGAAAAUGCAUUCACAAUGCAAGCCUUAGAACAGGGCUACUCAACUACGGAAAGGUCAGGGGCCGCAAAGCUGGAUCCCUGUAUCCUCGAGGGCUGCACUCUUAAUUUUUAUGAUAUGAUAUAUGUGUGUAUAUAUAUAUAUAUAUAUAUAUAUAUAUAUAUAUAUAUAUAUAUAUAUAUAUAUAUAUAUAUGUUACAAUUUUUAUAGUAAGAAUGAUGGAAAGUUAAUGGGAUAGUUCACCUAAAAAUUAAAAUUCUCUCAUCAUUUACUUACCUUCAUGCCAUCCCAGAUGUGUAUAACUUUCUUUCUUCUGCUGAAGACAAAUUAAGAUUAUUUAGAAAAAAUAUCUCAGCUCUGCGGAUGAGAGACAGAUCAAUAUUUAAAUCCUUGGCUUUUUUACUAUAAAUCUCCACUUUCACUUUUAGAUGUGAAAGUGAAACUAAACAAGUGCCACAUGUGACUUACAGAUUUGAAAGUGAAAGUGGAGAUUUAUAGUAAAAAAAGGACUUAAACAUUGAUCUGUUUCUCACCCACACCAAUCAAAUAACUUCUAAGGUGUAGAUUUAACCACUGGAGUCUUAUGAAUUACUUUUAUGCUGCCUUUUAUGUGGUUUUUUGAGCUUCAAAGUUCUGGCCACCAUUCACUUGCAUUGUUUGGACCAACAGAGCUGAGAAGAAAAUCUUCAUUUGUGUUCUAAAGAAGAAAGAAAGUCAUACACAUCUGGGAUCAUAUGAGGUUAGUAAAUGAGCUCAUUUUUGGGUGAACUAUCCCUUUAAGUAUUUAUUUUAAACAUAAAGGGGUCUAACUUAUGAUAUAGAUCAGUUCUGUUGUCACUUUGAUUGUCAACUAACAAAUACAAUGAAUGUUCAACAUCACAUACACCAGAGAUGUGUUCAAAAACAAGAGUGAUAGUAUAUACAAAAGUAGCACCAAAAGUCCUUCAGUGACAAGUCAUAAAGAUUUGUUCACCCCCCUUAGCAUUUUGCGCCGAAGUAGAUCACUAAAAAGCAUUUGCGUGAAGGAUUCUCAGCGCAGUCACUGCAGGAAAAACUGUGAUUUUUUUCCUGUACAUACUGUUGUCAUGACGAGUACAUAUCUCUGAUGAGCUAUUCAAGAUAUUGGACAGAUUCGCGCCUUGUUGAGUAAGUGAGAUUGCGAGUACGCAUUUUUGAUUGACAGACCGUGCGUGAGCUCACAUGUACUGUGUAUGAACGCGCGCAUAAACCGACCGCCGCUCUCAUAACCGCUAUGCUCCGCUAUUAUUUUUUUAUUUGUAACAUCCUCUUGCAGUUGAAUUCCCUCUCUAACAUUAUUCAGCUAUGUAUAGAACUAGCUUAAUUCCUCAUGAAAAUGGACACUUCACAAUUCAUACAGAUUUGAUAGGCUACUGAUAAAUAUAUUUCUGAUAAUGAUGAUAUAACGUGGGCCGCAAAAGAUCGCUCAAGGGCCACGUGUUGAUGAGCGCUUAAGUUGCAUAUUGUUUAUUUAGCAAAGUUUGAAAUGUAACAGUGGGACCUACUAUCACUUAAUUUAGUUUCGAUUAGUUUCAUAAACAAUGAGGCCAGACAUUUCACAAAAAACAUUAUAUGUAUGCACUACGCAUCUUCAAAGAAAAAUAUUAAUACUAAAAUAAAUUUUGAAAUUAUGAACAAGGGGUUGUUGUCUUGGGUUUUGUUGGGCCCAGAUUAGUAAAUAUGGUAUUUAUUUACACUUGUGGCCAAAAGUUUGGAAUAAUGUACAGAUUUAGCUGUUUAGAAGGAGAUUGGUACUUGAAUUCACCAAAGUGGUAUUCAACUGAUCAAAGUAUAGUCAGGAUAUUACUGAUGUAAAAAAACAGCACCAUCACUAUUUGAAAAAAGUCAUUUUGGAUCAAAUCUAGACAGGCCCCAUUUCCAGCAGCCAUCACUCCAACACCUUAUCCUUGAGUAAUCAUGAUAAAUUGCUAAUUUGGUACUAGAAAAUCACAUGGCAUUAUAUCAAACACAGUUGAAAGCUAUUUGGUUCAUUAAAUUAAGCUUAACAUUGUGUUUGUGUUUGUUUUCGAGUUGCCACAUUAUGCAAUAGACUGGCAAGUCUUAAGGUCAAUGUUAGGUCAAAAAUAGCAAUAAAGAAACAGCUUUCUCUAGAAACUUGUCAGUCAAUCAUUGUUUUGAGGAAUGAAGGCUUUACAAUGCUUGAAACUGCCAAAAAACUGAAGAUUUCAUACAAAGGUGUACACUACAGUCUUCAAAAACAAAGGACAACUGGCUCUAAUAAAGACAGAAAGAGAUGUGGAAGGCCAGAUGUAUACCUAAACAAUAUAAGUACAUCAGAGUUUGAGAAAUAGACACCUCACAUGUCCUCAGCUGACCGCUUCAUUGAAUUCUACCCGCUCAUCACCAGUUUCAUGUACAACAGUAAAGAGAAGACUCAGGGGUGCAGGACUUAUGGGAAGAACUGCAAAGAAAAAGACACUUUUGAAACAGAAAAACAAAAAGAAAAGGUUAGAGUGGGCAAAGAAACACAGACAUUGGACAACAGAUAAUUGGAAAAGAGUGUUAUGGAUCUUAACCCCAUUGAGCUUUUGUGGGAUCAGCUAGACUGUAAGGUGUGUGAGAAGUGCCCGACAAGACAGCCACAUCUAUGGCAAGUGCUACAGGAAGUGUGGGGUGAAAUGUCACCUGAGUAUCUGGACAAACUGACAGCUAGAAUGCCAAGGAUCUGCAAGGCUGUCAUUGCUGCACGUGGAGGAUUUUUUGAAGUAGUUUAAAAAGUUCUGAAUUUUUUUUUCAAAUUGUAAUAUUUUUCACAUUAUUAAUGUCCUGACUAUACAUUCUGAUCAGUUGAAUGCCACUUUGGUGAAUAAAAGCCCCAAUUUCUUUCCAUAAGAUAGAAAUCUGUACAUUAUUUCAAACCUUUGGCCAUCAUUGUAUGUAAAAGUGGCUAAAUGGGUUAGGCAGUUUUCAUAUUUGUUAUGAAGCUUUUUCUGACCACAAAAGUAUAAAAUGUAUGAUCAUUGUGACAACAGCUCAUAGCUGAAAACAUUUCAAGUAACUAUUCUGUAUGAACAAACAACCUGUAGCACCAUAGUAAGUCAACAGUUUGGGAUCUUCUCGUUUUGUUUGUUUGUUUUUACUAGAUUUUGUUUUAGCAUCCCAGAUAGUACACGUACAUCUCCAAGAUGUCAGUUUAAGAGGGUUUCAUCUGGAAAGCAUCACAAUCUAAUUAACAUCUGCUAAACAUCUUAAAAAGAUCAGAUUUACAAACAUUCUAAAUCAUAAAUGUCUCGAAGACAUCUGCUGAAUAUUUUUAUGACAUCCGAGAGAAAACUUCUUAUAGACGUAUUCCAGAUAAACAACCUAAAAAAUACGUCUUUUAGGUGUAAACAUGCACAUCAGACAUCUGGGUGAUGUACAGUAUGUGUGCUAUCAGGGAUGAAAACACUGAAGUGGCAAUAUAUAUAUAUAUAUUUUUUUGUUCAUAUUAAUUUUAAAGAUAAAGGAAAUUUCUUGUUUUCAAUUCUAUUAUCUCAGUAUUGUGCGUAUAUGCCUUUCAAGUUUUCUUUUUUUCAUUCAUUUGAUUUUUAGAAUUGUUUUUAUUGUAUAUAAUAUUUGUAAAGUUGGCUUUUUGAAAGCAAUGCAAAGGACCUGUAUGAAUUUUAAGGGACUUUAAAUGGCAAAAGCUGCUUUCUUUCAAGUGACACUCAUCAAAUUAUACUAUCCUACAGUAGCAGGUUUCAGCUUUGUGCAGUUCAAAUGCUAACGUGUUUGCUUGUAUAGAAGAGGACAACCUCAACGUGUCAUUUUCACAUUACCAAUUAUAAUCUAGAACUGACA